AUGUCUGGUGUUUGGGUUUUCAAAAACGGUGUAGUUCGGCUGGUCGAGAAUGCUGGGGAAUGGCAUGGCAAGAAAAUGUUGGUUCAUUUACCUUCAAAUGAGGUAAUCACUUCAUAUUCUGUUUUGGAGAGUAAAUUAUCAUCACUCGGUUGGGAAAGGUACUAUGACGACCCUGACCUACUUCAGUUUCAUAAGAGGUCCACCGUUCAUCUUAUUUCCCUCCCUAAAGAUUUCAUCAAGUUCAAGUCCAUUCACAUGUAUGAUAUCGUCGUUAAGAAUCGUAAUGAGUUUGAAGUUAGGGAUAUUAUGCAUUGA